UUCGUUUUCGUGUGUAGUUUCGUUUCUCUGUAAACAGUGCUCCAGCUCAGUGACAUGAGAUUUCCCCGACACAGUCCAUCACAAUGCUAAAGAGAGCCAUGUUUCGCUGUGGACCGCUGUGUUCGCGUGUAUUCGCGGUGGAGUUUGAUUUGCACACUAAACCUCUUUAUUUCACACUAAGCUCAAGCCCACAAGUUCUUCAUGGCGACCAUCAGCAGCUUUUCGGAGACUGUGGGAAACUCUUCUCGCUUUACGUCCACAGUGAGAACAGAAUUGAAAAGGCGCGAAUGUACGCUGAGAUAAAACACAAACUAUCAACGCGAGGCUGCGAUGUGUUUGAAGCGUCCUCUUUUAUGCCGAACGUCAGGAACAGCGUCCUUAAAGGGUUUUUUGUACGAGACAAAUCCACAACCUGUCUUUCAAAGGAAGUUUUAAAGUCACUACAGCAGCAGAAGGUGUCAGUGUGUGUGUUUUCAUACGAGCGCGAGGGUCAGCACUGCUGGCAGGAGAUGUGGUCAGCUGUCAAUCAUGUGGAGGAGUCAGUGAAGCAGUACAUCAAACCUGCAGCCGCAGCAGAGCAUCAUCCAUCCACACUCAGCAUCAGCAACUCUGACGUCUUCUACUGUAUGGAUGAAGCCUACAAGGUUCUACAGGAGUGCGCUGACAUUAUCCCUGAGUCAAAGGAAGUGCUAAAGCUUGUAGAUGAACAGCUGAAGACAACCAGGGGUAAUGGAUUCCCAGUCAUUGUGAUUGAAGGACUGGAUGCUACAGGUAAAACUACUCUCACAGAGGCCCUGCGGCAGUCUCUGAAUGCCACCCUGCUGAAAUCUCCUCCCCAGUGCCUGGCUCCUUUCAGACAACGCUUUGACUCAGAACCACCCCUCAUCCGCAGGGCCUUUUACGCUCUGGGGAACUACAUCACUGCAACCCACAUCGCAAAGGAGUCCUUAAGGGCUCCUGUCAUAGUAGACAGGUAUUGGCACAGCACAGCAGCCUAUGCCAUUGCUACAGCAGUUGGUGGUAGGGUUGAAAACCUGCCAAAGCCAGACUCAGAGCUCUACGUUUGGCCAGAAGACCUGCUCCAGCCAGACCUGGUGCUGCUGCUUACUGUCAGUCCUGAGGAAAGAGUGCGGAGACUCAGGGACAGAGGACAGGACAAGACCACUGAGGAGGCUGAGCUAGAAAUCAAUCAGCUCUUCAGACUCAAAGUGGAGGAAGCUUACAAGAGAAUCCAGAAUCCAUCCUGUAUCACUGUGGAUGCGAGUCCCUCUCCACAAGAAGUGCUGAAACAAGUGCAUCAUUUAAUUAGGAACAAAUGCCACUUGUAAACAACCAGCAGCAGAAGAGGCCACGCAGUCCCUCUGCCGACCACUAGAUGGUAGUACAAUGUUACGAUUCCUCCCUCAAUCCACUAAACCUGCCAUAGAGUCCCAGUCAGCCGAGCCUGUUGAUUGAAAGGGAGGCUGGUGGAGAACUGCCAGCUUAUAUUUCAGGGCUCGAAUCUGGACAUGUCACAACAUAUUCCCCUUCCCACCGAGCUUUAGUGAUGACACGAGAGGGAAAGUUAUUGCGGCUGCCGUGGCUGGAUGUCAGCUCUCAUACGCAGGGUCACAGCGGCCACUUUCCUCAGUCUGACUUAUUCCCAGUGAAACACAGGAACUCGGCUAAACACGUUUGAAAAUUCAUCAAUCACUUCAAUUAGAUUUAAACACAAGAACUCAUUGUUGGUCAGCGCGCCGUCCGCUCCUAUAGGAGAUGGAAUCAAGGGACCGUGUGGAGGUAUUAAAAGCAAUAGAUCUGAUCCAGACAAUUUAAACUUUGCUUUGAUUUGUUGCUGUUGCUUUUGGACACUGAGUCUGAUCGUUCAUUAAGAGUCAUAUGCUGGGGAAAGAAAAGUACAGCAGAACUCAGGGUUUUUAAGCUGUAAGUUCCUUCAAGUCUGUUUGUUGUACAGAAAUGAUUAGUCAGAAAUAAAUUAUUAUAAUGCGUGC